ACGAUAAGCUUUGAUGCUAUGCAAGAAGCAGCAUGUCGCCAAUAUUACAUUAUCAAUCAAGUUCCACAAUUUGUGCCAUCUGUCAGCAAAUCUCACUUUCUCAGUGUUGUGACAAUGGUUGCCACCGCUGCUACAUCUGCGUUCCAUCCAGUUGCAUCUCCACAAUCUGACUCUGGUGCCAAGACAUCCGGCAAGCUUGGAGGAGUGCCAGCAAAUGUGGAUGCUCGAGGGAUUAAGUCAAAAUCUGCUGCUGCUAGAGGUUGUCAGGUUAAGGCCAAUGCACAGGCCCCUCCAAAAUCGGGGUCAUGGAAGGUCUCAAGAAUGAGGAUGACGUGGCAUCACCUCCGCCAAGAACUUUUAUCAACCAAUUGCCUGACUGGAGCAUGCUCCUUGCUGCUAUCACUACGAUUUUUUCUGGCAGCAGAGAAGCAAUGGAUGAUGCUUGAUUGGAAGCCAAAGCGUCCAGAUGCACUUAUUGAUCCAUUUGGUUUGGGAAAAAUUGUCCAGGAUGGUCUUGUUUUUCGCCAAAACUUUUCUAUCAGAUCAUAUGAAAUUGGGGCUGAUCGGACUGCCUCUAUAGAAACACUGAUGAAUCAUUUGCAGGAAACUGCCCUUAAUCAUGUGAAAACUGCUGGACUACUGGAUGGUGGCUUUGGUUCAACUCCAGAGAUGUGCAAAAAGAAUCUGAUAUGGGUUGUCACUAAAAUGCAGCUUCUGUUUGAGGGCUAUUCCUUUGGUAACAAACUUGAACACAAGGCUGAAAAGUUUUCCAAUGCUAAUAGGCGCCUGCAAAUUUUACUGAUGGGAGCCAGCAUGGACAUUGCAAAAUGGGGAUGGGGACGGCUUUGGGAUUUUUACAAGGAUUUAUCCAAGGACGGGGAUGGGGAACCUAUAUAUAGGUACAGGGAUGGUACAAUACUCUUCAACGGAGGCUGGGUAAGGAUUAAAAUUAUUCACCAGCUGGGGAUGAGGACGGGUAUGGGAAUGGAUUUCUUAAGUUGGGAUGGCAAUGGAUACAUUGAGUACCCACCCUGGGGAUGA